GGCGGCGGAGCGCGGGGCGCUAGCGGCAGGUCCAGCUGCCGCCGACUAUGCCCGAGCCCACCUCCGGGCAGCCGCCGCGCGCCGCCCGGCCCCCGGCUGGGGACGAUGCCAGACGCCCGGGAGAGGCCAGGGCAGCGGCUGUGGCGCGAUGGUAGUGACAAGCUCUGCCCGAGGCGGCGGCGGGGACCGCGCGCCCUCCAGGCGGCGGGGCUGCGGACUUUCGGCGCCCGGGGCCGCGGCGCUGCUGGCCGGGGCGAGCUGCCUGUGCUACGGCCGCUCCCUGCAGGGCGAGUUCGUGCACGACGACGUGUGGGCGAUCGUCAACAACCCCGACGUGCGGCCCGGAGCCCCGCUGCGCUGGGGCAUCUUCUCCAACGACUUCUGGGGCAAGGGCAUGGCCGAGAACACCAGCCACAAGUCCUACCGGCCGCUCUGCGUCCUCACCUUCAAGCUAAACAUCUUUUUGACUGGCAUGAACCCAUUCUACUUUCACGCAGUAAAUGUCAUUUUACACUGCCUAGUGACCCUUGUGCUGAUGUACACCUGUGACAAAACUGUCUUCAAGAAUCGUGGACUUGCUUUCAUUACGGCAUUGCUUUUUGCUGUGCAUCCUGUUCACACAGAAGCGGUGGCCGGAAUUGUUGGCAGAGCUGACGUGUUGGCAUGCUUGCUGUUUCUGUUAGCCUUUCUCUCCUACAGUAGGAGUGUGGACCAGUGUUGUGUUGGGGAAUGCUUCCCUCCCAGGGCUUCUCCCUUCUUCCUGCUACUCAGUCUGUUUCUGGGGACCUGCGCGAUGCUGGUGAAAGAGACAGGCAUCACGGUGUUCGGCGUGUGCUUGGUUUAUGAUCUCUUUUCUUUAUCCCACAAUCAUGAUAAAUCGAGCAAUGGGGUCGUCCGUCAGCGCAGCCCACAGCGGCCCGGGAGCUCCCUGCCCACCGCACCGCCGGCGCACCCUCUCCGGGAGAACGGGAAGCAGCAGCGGUUCCCUCACAAAGGAGCUUGGGGUGGCUGCCGCACUCCAUUGCCACCUGAACGCAAGAGCAGUGGGUUCCCUGUGUCUCCUCGAGCUGUGUGGUCCUUGAUGAGGUACUGGGCUGUGCUCCUCGACCUUGCGUGUUUUCACCCUCCAGCAUCACCUGUUGCAGGGGGAACGCUGGAGAAGUGA